AUGGAUGUCUGUUGUGAUGUGUGUCAGAUAUCGAGUGGACCGAGUGAAUACGAUGUUUACCACCAGUCAGAGGAGUGCCCCUUGACGAGGGAUCAGAGCACCAACUGCAGAAGCUCCAGCUGCAUCUGGAGAUUUAGGAUCUUCACGUGGUGCUUGGCUGUCAUGUGCCUCGUCAUGAUCGCGUAUCUCAUUUAUCUGCACUCGUUGCUGGGGAGCUCCAAGGAUUUUCUCGAUCACGGGGCAGUGGCUGCGGACAAUGUCAACUGCUCGAGGCUGGGAACCGACAUUAUGAAGGACGGGGGCAAUGCCGUCGACGCCGCGGUGGGGGCUAUGCUCUGCAUGACCGUCGUUGCUCCUCACAAGACCGGUUUAGGAGGGGGCGGAAUCGCCAUUGCUUACGGAGGAGGGGAUGAGACUGAGCCUUUGGUUGUUGAUUUCGCUACGAACACCAUCUCAGGAGCCCUAGCAUCAGGUAAAAUAAGAAUUCCCUCCGUCGUCCGAGGACUGGAAACCCUCCACAAACUAAAGGGAAGUUUACCCUGGAGUAAAAUCGUCGAACCGGCUGAGAUUCUAGCUAAGGAUGGAUUCGUCAUCACAGAAGAUUUUUUCGAAGAAAUUUCGAGAGUCGACCAUGGGGCGCUAUUCGGAUAUCUAGAGCCCGGGGAACUCUUAAAAUUACCGCAUUUGGGGGAGACUUUGGAGACAAUAAAAAGUCAUGGAUCUCAAAGUCUUUACAACGGAAGUCUGGCCCACAAAUUCUUGCGCGAUGAGUUCCACGAGGUUCGGGAGGACUUCCUCUCGGCAUUGGCGGAUUACGAACCGUUGGAGGGGAAAGCAAGGAAAUUGCAUUUUUACGAUCACGUGAUUUACGCCCCUGAACACGCGGAAGUACUUCAGUCUGUUUUGAAGGGUGUGGAGCACCUGGGGAUUUCGGGGGAGGACGGCUCCUCCGUCGAGUCGCAGUUCGACGUCGCCAGGGUCAUGAUUGAAAUGGACGUUAAGGACCAUAACAUUGAACAGGAGAGAUAUACAGCAGUCAUUGCAGCUGAUGCCAGCCGGAAUUUCGUGUCGAUAUUAACCGGUUUAAGUGCUCCACUGGGUCUGGAGCACAUGACAGGAGCUGGCUUCCUCCUGGACGGUCUCGGCGGUGAGUCUGGGAAUAAUCUCCACGCCCUCACCCCAAUAAUUUUCCACUCGAGCAAAAACCCAGUGGAAUGUUCCGGGGCCCUCGGAGCGGACGACCCCAUCCUCGCCACGGAGAUCCUAUCCAACAUAAUUCUCAAGAAGCUGAACCUCUCGAUAGCCAUCGAAACGCAAAGGUAUUAUCGACUGCCCGAUGGAGUCCUCAUGGAGCCCAGUGGAAAGUACCCCUUGGACGAGUCGUUGUCGAUGGAAAUAUCGAAUUUAAAGCCUGGAUCGAGUACUGAUAUCUCGCAUUACGUGAAGAGUGUGAAUGCCAUUGUGAAGCAGGGACAUUCGCUGAGCAGUCACUCUGAUAGUAGGGGAGGGGGUGUAGCUUUUAGAUACAAAUAA